UAUGUUCUUAGAGAAAGAGAUUGAUAGCAUAGCAGCCAUCGAACACACAGUAACCACAUGUCAUAAAGAGGAGAUUUCAGAAUCAGAAUCAGAAUCAGAAUCAUGGCGCUGGUGCCAACCACGGCGGCGAACGAUGCUCAACUGAUAGCGGAGGUGGCCAUGGCCACCGAUUCGUCUGCACCCACCGUCCGAGCCACCGUCGUUCAGGCCUCCACCAUCUUCUACGACACUCCUGCCACUCUAGAUAAGGCCGAGAGGUUGUUGGCUGAAGCCGCUGGAUUUGGUGCUCAGAUUGUUGUAUUUCCAGAAGCCUUUGUUGGUGGCUAUCCCCGUGGAUCAAAUUAUGGUGUUUCCAUUGGGAACAGAACUCCCAAGGGGAAGGAGGAGUUCCGUAAAUACCACGCAGCAGCGAUCGAUGUACCUGGUCCUGAAGUUGAUCGAUUGGCAGCAAUGGCUGGAAAGUACCGAGUAUAUUUGGUAAUGGGGGUGAUAGAGAGAGAUGGUUACACACUGUACUGUACUGUUCUAUUUUUUGAUCCUCAAGGUCGUUACCUUGGUAAGCACAGGAAACUGAUGCCAACCGGAUUAGAACGUAUAAUCUGGGGAUUUGGUGAUGGAUCAACAAUUCCUGUUUUUGAGACUUCAAUUGGAAAAAUUGGUGCUGCCAUUUGCUGGGAAAACAGAAUGCCACUCCUGAGAACAGCUAUGUAUGCCAAAGGCGUUGAAAUAUAUUGUGCACCUACUGCUGAUUCUCGGGAUACAUGGCAAGCAUCGAUGGCCCACAUUGCUUUGGAGGGUGGAUGUUUUGUUUUGUCAGCCAAUCAGUUCUGCCGAAGAAAAGACUACCCACCUCCACCAGAAUAUGUCUUUUAUGGCAUAGAAGAGGACCUCACCCCAGAUUCUGUUGUUUGUGCUGGGGGUAGUGUCAUCAUAUCACCAUCAGGGACAAUCCUAGCUGGACCCAAUUACGAUGGAGAGGCACUUAUCUCGGCAGAUCUAGAUCUUGGAGAAAUAGUGCGGGCGAAAUUUGAUUUCGAUGUGGUUGGUCAUUAUGCAAGGCCUGAGGUGCUUAGCUUGACUGUGAAGGACCAUCCUACAACCCCAGUUACUUUCACAUCUACAUCUGCCAAAAUUGAAGAUUCUUGUAAAAAGUAGUAUGUUCUCUUGUCAAAUGCUUCAAUUUAGUUUCAUACAGCAUUCAUGUGCUGUUCCUGUUGUAUUGUCUCCUAAUCAUUCAAAACCAUAUGUACCAUAAUUCUGUACGAAUUUCUCAUCGUUGGUUUAAAUAUCAUCUUCUGUUAAUUUA